CCUCGUAGAGAAAGAGAAAGAGGCGGACAGACAGACAGCGAGAAGUUUCGGUCUCUACAGUUCAAUUGGAAGGUUUAUAAUUUUGUAGAUCCAUACAUACAUACAUACAUACAUAUUACAGAAUACAGACCCAUCACUAUCAGUGUUGUUAUGGUUGCCAUCCCAUCCCAUCAUCUUCCUCCUCCUCCUCCUCCUCAUCCUCUCUUCUUCAAUACCAAAUUUAUAUCUACUGUUUGCUUGCUUGCUUGCUUUCUCGCCGCUCUCAAUUGGAACUGCUGCCACUGAAGAAGAGUUGACCUGCUGCAAUUAACGGAUUGGGAUUUCUUUCCUGUGUAUCGGUCAGCUUGAUAGAUUAGAUUAUUUACAAACAAGUCUAGUUGGUUGGUUUUGGAUGGAUAAAACUCACCACAAAUUAAUAAUAAUUGUUAUCCAUUGUUGAUACAUACAAUGGGUGGCAUUUGUUCGAGAAGAUCGACCGAUGAUGCUUCUCUUGCUGCUGGAUUCCCAAAUCUCAAUGGACGCUUUAACUAUGCUUCCAGAUUGGUUUAUGGGUCUCAAGUGGAUCCACCCAAUAAUGAAAUGGUGCCGCCGUCCUUUGGAGAACCCAUGGAGAAGAAGAAAGUAAAGGAACCCUUUGAACCCCCUCAACCCAACAUUAUCUCUUAUCAACCUAAUGCGGAUGAAAUCUAUGAUGGCAUACCACGAUUGCCCAGGGCUUUAUCAAACAAAACAAGAUCAACCACCACAAAGCAGGCUGUUGCUAAGGUUUCAGAGAUGAGUUCGCUUAUUGGAAAAGCUGGCAGUGUUGGGUUGGGAAAAGCUGUAGAUGUGUUGGAUACACUUGGUAGUGGAAUGACAAAUUUGAACAUGAGUAGUACUUUUGUUUCUGGAGUAACAAAAAAAGGCAAUAAAAUAAAGAUUUUGGCUUUUGAGGUUGCUAAUACUAUCGUUAAGGGAGCAAAUCUUAUGCAAUCACUUUCAAAGGAAAACAUUACACAUUUGAAAGAGUCUGUGCUUCUAUCCGAAGGCGUGCAGUGGUUAGUUUCGAAAGAUAUGGACGAACUGUUAAGAAUUGCAGCUGCUGACAAGAGAGAUGAACUGAAAGUUUUCUCAAGAGAAGUGGUCCGUUUUGGCAAUCGUUGUAAAGAUCCUCAGUGGCAUAAUUUGGAUCGUUACUUUGACAAACUAGAAUCAGAAUUUAUAUCUGAGAAGCCAUUAAAAGAUGAUGCGGAAAAUAUGAUGCAGCAACUGAUGACCUUGGUUCAAUAUACUGCUGAUUUGUACCAUGAAAUGCAUGCCUUGGAUAGAUUUGAACAAGAUUAUCGUCGUAAGCUUCAGGAAGAGAAUAACUCAACGGCUUCUCAGAAAGGAGAUGGCCUUGCAAUAUUCAAAGCAGAAUUGAAGAAUCAAAAUAAGCACGUAAAAAGCUUGAUGAAGAAAUCCCUUUGGUCCUGGAUUUUGGAAGAGGUUAUGGAGAAGCUUGUUGACAUUGUCCAUUUCAUACAUUCCGAGAUUAGUGAUGCUUUUGGUAAUGUAGAUGGAAAUAGACCUAUUAAAAACAAUCAGAAACUGGGGUCAGCAGGUUUGGCAUUGCAUUAUGCAAACAUCAUUAGUCAGAUUGAUACUCUGGUUACACGAUCAAGCUCUAUCCCACCGAAUACAAGGGAUGCUUUAUACCAAGGAUUGCCGCCCAAUAUUAAGUCAGCUUUGCGUCCAAAGCUGCAGUCGUUUCAGCCUAUAGAGGAUCUUUCUCUUCAUCAAAUCAAAGCUGAAAUGGAGAAAACAUUGCGUUGGCUUGUUCCUAUUGCCAAUAACACGACCAAAGCACAUCAUGGAUUUGGUUGGGUUGGUGAAUGGGCAAAUACAGGUUGUGAUGUGAACAGAAAAGCAACCGGGCAAAUCGAAACAAUCAAGCUCGAGACUCUUCAUCAUGCCGACAAAGAAAAAGUCGAAACUCACAUACUUGAGCUAAUCGUCUGGCUCCACUAUCUCAUUUCACAAUCGAGAUCUUCCACAAACAACAGUAAAUCCCCAAUUAAAUCCCCAAUCCGAUCACCAAAUCAGUUUCAAGCACGCAAAUCGAGUCCCCCUUCACUUUCGGUUGAGGAUCAACAGAUGCUAAGAGACGUAAACAAGAGGAAACUGACGCCUGGAAUAAGCAAGAGCCAAGAGUUUGAUACAGCUAAAACGAGGUUAAUGAAGAAGCAUAAUAGAUUGAGUAAGAGUAGCAGUCAUUCGCCUACUUACGAAUCGAUGAAGGAUCACCGUCCUAUUCAUAUUCGCCGUCCUUUGUCUUUGCCUGUGAUUGACUUUGCUAUCGACAAGCUUAAAGCGUUGGAUGUGAUUGAUCGUGUGGACACCGUUAGGAGUUUGUGAAAUGUUGCUUCUUCUUUCUUUCUUACUUACUACGUACGUUUUGCAUGUGCAUGUGCAUUUUAAGGAAAUUUGCUUUUGAAGAGUGAGUUCCAUCUGUGUACAGUGGGUUGAUCUUUUUAAUGUUCAAAUAAUUUUAACAAUUAUGAUGGGCUGUUUGUUUUAUCUUCACAUGUAAUAACAUACAUGAUACAACUUUUAAGUAAUAUUAUUUAUGUGUCUUAUUACUAGUAAAAUGCAAUUAUAUUGAUUAU